AUGUAUAAUAUUAAAAAUGCUUUUCUAAAAUCUAGCAGGAAUAUGAAGCGGGUCGAAGCUAUUACAAGGAGUCCAAUAUUUACGCACUUAACAGCGUCCCUACAAGGUAUCACUACAAUUCCAGCUUUUGGAGCAGAAGAAAUUAUUUGCAAAGAAUUUGACGCUUUACAAGACAAUUAUACAGCUACCUCGUAUCUAUUUAUGACAGCCAGUCGAGGAUUUGGUUUUUGGCUUGACAUAUUUUACAUUGCAUUAGUUAUUAUCAGUUUGUUAUUUAUUCAAGGAGAAUCCUUUGGAGGUAACGUUUGUCUGUCCUUAACCCAAGCUGUGACUCUGGCUGGAAUGUUCCAAUGGGGUAUCAGACAAUAGUCUGAGCUGGAAAAUCAGAUGACAUCUGUAGAGAGGGUUCAAGGGUAAACGGAGUUGUCGACAGAAAUUGACGAACACAGGAUUAAACCUAUCAAAAGUUGGCCUCAAUCGGGAAACGUUGUUUUUAAAAAUGUAUCUCUUAAAUAUACCCGAGACAGUUCGUAAGUACUGAAUAAUUUGAAUUUUGAAGUACAAUCUGGGGAAAAAGUGGGUAUAGUAGGAAGAACGGGAGCUGGAAAGUCUUCAAUAAUCCAAGAACCAUUUGGGAUAAUGGAUUUUGAGGAAGUUAUAUACAUUGAUGAAUUGGACAGCAAAACUAUUAAACUAAAACAUCUACGAUCUAAGAUUUCAAUAAUACCACAAGAGCCAGUAUUAUUUUCUGGUACUUUAAGGAAAAAGUUGGAUCCAUUUGAUGAAUUUGAUGAUGAGAUAUUUUGGAAUGUAUUGGAGAUUGUUGAACUUAAGAAUGCUGUUUGUGAACUUCCUGAUGGACUAGAUAGCACGAUGAUAGAAGGGGGUUCUAAUUUUAGUCUAG